CCCUUGGUCCAGGAGUGUGCUAGUGUGAUCACCACCACUGUCAAAAAUAGACCGGAGGACAGAGAGGGGUCUGGGGCUUCAACACCGAGGACACAGCGGACCUACCCAGGACCCAGACAUGGAUGCGAAGGACGAGAUGGAAAUGCUGUCCGCAGCUAAAAUCGAACAAAAUGGAGAUUUAGGAAAGGGCGAUGACAGCAAGGAUGGAAAGAAAAAGGGAGAAAAAGAACAGCAGAUGCCCAUGGUUGGCCCUAUUGCUGUGUUCAGGUUUGCAGACAACUUGGACAGAGUACUGAUGUUUUUUGGGGCAAUAAUGGCCAUGGUCAAUGGCGUAAUUCUUCCUGUCAUGUGUAUAGUGUUUGGCGACAUGACAGACAGCUUCUUAAAGGACGCUGCAUCCUAUCCCAAUAUGAGCUUUAUCAACACCAGCCAUCCUAAUUUCACAAAUAUACUGUUCAACAGCACUUUAGAGGAGGAUAUGACUGAGUAUGCUAUCUACUACUCCAUUAUGGGGUUCGUGGUGCUGGCGGCAGCCUACGUACAGGUCUCUUUUUGGACUGUGGCAGCAGGGCGGCAGGUCAAACGCAUCCGCAGGUUGUUUUUCCACAGCAUCAUGAGGCAGGAAAUCAGCUGGUUUGAUGUCAACGAGACUGGAGAGCUCAACACACGUCUUACAGAUGAUGUGUAUAAGAUCCAAGAGGGUAUCGGUGACAAGGCAGGGAUGCUAAUCCAGGCCUACACCACUUUCAUUGCCUCCUUCAUCAUCGGCUUCAGCAAAGGUUGGAAACUCACCCUCGUCAUCCUGGCUGUGAGCCCUGCGCUGGGCAUCUCAGCUGCUCUGUUCAGUAAGGUGCUGGCAUCUUUCACAACUAAAGAGCAGACUGCGUAUGCUAAAGCUGGAGCUGUGGCAGAGGAGGUGCUCUCUUCUAUCAGGACGGUGUUUGCCUUCAGCGGUCAGAACAGAGAGAUCCAGAGAUAUAACAAGAACUUAGUGGAUGCAAAGGACAUGGGAGUAAAGAAAGCCAUCUCUGCCAACAUUGCCAUGGGCUUCACCUUCCUGAUGAUCUACCUGUCUUAUGCUCUGGCUUUCUGGUAUGGCAGCACGCUCGUCCUGAGUGGGGAGUACACCAUCGGAUCUGUACUCACAGUGUUCUUCGUGGUGCUUAUUGGAGCAUUUGCCGUCGGGCAGACUUCUCCUAACAUCCAAACCUUUGCCAGCGCCCGAGGAGCGGCACAUAAAGUCUACAGCAUUAUUGAUCAUCAACCAAACAUCGACAGCUAUUCAGAAGAAGGAUUUAAGCCUGACUACAUCAAGGGAGACAUCGAGUUCAACAACAUUCACUUCACGUACCCAUCAAGGCCGGACGUCAAAAUAUUAAAUAACAUGUCUUUGAGAGUGGCAAGUGGACAGACCAUGGCCUUGGUGGGCAGCAGUGGCUGUGGUAAAAGCACCACGAUCCAGCUGCUGCAGAGGUUCUACGAUCCUCAGGAAGGAUCUGUGUUAAUUGAUGGUCAUGAUAUACGAUCCCUUAACAUUCGCUUCCUGAGAGAGAUGAUUGGCGUCGUGAGUCAGGAGCCCAUCCUCUUCGCCACGACCAUCGCUGAGAACAUCAGAUAUGGGCGGCUUGACGUGACUCAGGAGGAGAUUGAACAAGCUGCCAAAGAGGCUAACGCCUAUGAUUUCAUCAUGAAUCUUCCUGAUAAGUUUGAGACGCUUGUUGGAGACAGAGGGACUCAGAUGAGUGGAGGUCAAAAGCAGAGAAUUGCAAUUGCUCGAGCUCUUGUCCGCAAUCCUAAAAUUCUUCUUUUGGAUGAAGCCACAUCUGCUCUUGAUGCAGAGAGUGAGACCAUAGUGCAAUCAGCUCUUGAUAAGGUCAGACUGGGUCGUACCACCAUAGUUGUAGCCCACCGCCUCUCAACAAUCAGAAACGCAGACGUAAUUGCUGGCUUCCAGAAAGGUGAAAUUGUGGAGCUGGGGUCUCACAGUGAUCUGAUGGAAAGACAAGGAGUCUACCACACUCUGGUAACCAUGCAGACUUUUCAGAAAGAAGAGGAGGGUCCAGAAUCAGAGUUGUCUGCGGAUGAGAAGAGCCCGUUAAAGAAAUCUGUGUCACAGUCGUCUUUGUUCAGGAGGAAAUCGACGAGAGGCUCAUCCUUCACCCCCUCAGAGGGAGACAAAGAGGAGUUGAAAAAGUUAGCAACAGACAAGGCAGAAGAGGAUGAAAAUAUUCCCCCCGUAUCAUUCUUACAAGUAAUGCGUAUCAACCUUCCUGAGUGGCCAUAUAUUGUGGUUGGAAUCUUCUGUGCCAUCAUCAAUGGAGCUCUGCAGCCACUGUUUGCUGUCCUCUUCUCAAAGAUCAUCACCGUGUUUGCAGAGCCCAAUAAGGAUGUGGUCAGGGAGAGAUCUGAAUUCUUUUCUCUGAUGUUUGUCGCUAUUGGAGGAGUAUCCUUCGUCACGAUGUUUCUACAGGGUUUCUGUUUUGGUAAAUCUGGAGAGAUUCUGACCCUGAAACUCAGGCUUAAAGCUUUCACCUCCAUGAUGAGACAGGACCUUGGCUGGUAUGAUGACCCAAAAAAUAGUGUUGGAGCACUAACAACAAGAUUGGCAACAGACGCUGCACAAGUACAAGGGGCCACAGGAGUGCGAAUGGCCUCUCUGACGCAGAACUUCGCUAACAUGGGCACUGGUAUCAUCAUCUCUUUGGUGUAUGGCUGGGAGCUGACCCUUCUUAUCCUGGCUGUGGUGCCAAUCAUAGCGAUGGCUGGAGCUUUAGAGAUGCAGCUUCUCGCCGGACAUGCUGCUGAAGACAAAAAAGAGCUGGAGAAGGCUGGAAAGAUUGCCACAGAGGCUAUUGAGAAUAUCCGUACAGUUGCCUCUCUCACCAGAGAACCCAAGUUUGAGUCUUUGUAUCAGGAAAACCUUGUAGUGCCAUACAAGAGUGCUCAUAAAAAGGCCCAUGUAUAUGGUCUCACAUACUCCUUCUCUCAGGCUAUGAUCUAUUUCACGUACGCAGGCUGUUUCCGCUUUGGAGCUUGGCUCAUUAAAGAAGGAAGGAUGGAUGUUGAGGGGGUCUUCCUCGUCAUUUCUGCAGUCCUGUAUGGUGCCAUGGCUGUCGGAGAGGUCAACUCUUUCGCUCCAAACUAUGCUAAGGCUAAAUUAUCAGCAGCCCACCUCAUGUUCCUGAUAAACAGAGAGCCUGCCAUCGACAAUCUGUCAGAGGCGGGAGAGUCACCGGACAAAUUUGAUGGUAAUGUCAAGUUCAGUCAUGUCAAGUUCAACUACCCGUCACGGCCUGAUGUGCCCAUUCUGCAAGGCCUUAACCUGAGGGUGAAAAAGGGGGAGACUUUGGCUUUGGUGGGGAGCAGUGGCUGUGGGAAAAGCACUACCAUUCAGCUGCUGGAGAGGUUCUACGACCCCAGAGAAGGCCAAGUGGCGAUAGAUGAUGUGAACAUAAAAGCGCUGAACAUCAACUGGCUGAGAUCUCAAAUAGGCAUCGUAUCCCAGGAGCCUGUGCUGUUCGACUGCACCUUAGCCGAAAACAUUGCUUAUGGAGACAACAGCCGUGUUCCCUCCAUGGAGGAGAUAGAGGCAGCUGCAAAAGCUGCAAACAUUCACAGCUUCAUAGAAGAGCUGCCUCAGAAGUAUGGCACUCAGGCAGGUGAUAAGGGAACGCAGUUGUCAGGUGGGCAGAAGCAGAGAAUUGCUAUCGCCCGAGCCAUCCUCCGCAACCCCAAACUGCUGCUGCUGGACGAGGCGACUUCUGCCCUGGACACAGAGAGUGAGAAGGUGGUGCAGGAAGCAUUAGACAAGGCCAGGCAGGGCAGGACGUGUAUCAUUGUGGCCCAUCGCUUGUCCACCAUCCAAAAUGCCGACCGCAUCGCCGUCUUCCAGGGAGGAGUGGUGGUCGAACAGGGAACACAUCAACAGCUGCUAGCCAAGAAGGGAGUCUACCACAUGCUGGUCACCACACAGAUGGGCCACCGGCAAGAAUAGGGAGAAUACAUCAUUUAAUUUUGAUAUCCAGAGGGUGUGAAUUCAACAUGCACGCCUUACCAUCAUCCACUUCCUGCUUCCAAACAUAAAAAUCUGACCAGAUAUGACCUUGACGCUGCAGUGGACUUCUUGUGACUGUGAUAAAAUA